CACGAUGGGGUAAUGUCUGUGUGUUUACAGAAACCAUUGUUUUUAGAAUGUCGACGAGACGAGCCUUGCAUUUUGUCUUUAAAGUCGGUGACCGGCGAAAAACAGCGAGAUUUUACCGAGAAGUUCUGGGGAUGAAGGUAUUAAGGCAUGAAGAGUUUGAAGAAGGAUGCAAAGCCACUUGCAAUGGACCGUAUGAUGGGAAAUGGAGUAAAACCAUGGUGGGAUACGGUGCAGAAGAUAAACAUUUUGUUGUUGAACUGACGUAUAACUAUGGAGUUGGACAGUAUAAACUAGGAAAUGAUUUUAUGGGCAUCACUGUGCAAUCAAGUCAAGCAAUACAGAAUGCUAAGAGAUUAAACUGGCCAAUAGAGGAUGCAGGAAGUGGAAAAUUUGUUGUGGAAGCCCCUGGUGGUUACAAGUUUUACCUUUUAGAUCAGGAACAGCCCGUUACAGAUCCUGUAAAGAAAGUUGCACUGAGUUGUUCAUCUUUAAGUACAUCUGUUGAUUACUGGUCCCGGUUGUGUGGUAUGAGUUUGUUUGAAAAGAAUGACAAACAAGCAACGUUGGGAUUUGGUGAUGAGCAAUGCAAACUGGAACUUCAUGGUCUUGGUGGAGAGAAAGUUGACCAUGCAUCAGCAUUUGGGAGAAUUGCAUUUUCCUGUCCCAGAACUGAGCUUGCGUGUAUAGAGACUUUGAUGACUGAAAAUGACCAGACGAUUGUGACACCAUUGGUCAGUUUAGAUACACCGGGAAAAGCUACAGUUGAAGUGGUCAUUCUAGCAGAUCCAGAUUCACAUGAAAUAUGUUUUGUGGGAGAUGAGGCCUUCCGUGAAUUAUCCCAGGUUGAUCCAAAAGGUGAUCAACUACUAACUGAGGCGCUGGAAGCUGACAAGAGUGAUGAGUGGUAUGCAAAGCACAAUAAACAAAAAUCUUCUGCAGUGGCUGUAUAGUCGCCAACUAUAUGUUGUUCAAUUUCACAGAAACUUGUAACUUUCGUGGACUCAAUGGACACUAUGAUUUGAGUAAUCAUCUGUCAUCAAUAAACCAAUCAGUAAUUUUAGCACAGAUUGGUUGUUUGUUUUUGUCAAUAGAAGUACAUUUAUACAGAGGCUUUUUAUAUAUAUAUAUCCAAUAAAUAAAAAAAAAUAAAAAAAUCCGUGAA